AUGCCGAACCCACCAGCUUCGAAGAUAUACCUCCGUCCACACCAUGAACCAGGAAGGAAGCAUGCAGCUCGAACAUACAUUAUCUACUUCGUAACCGGCAACCCUGGCCUCAUCGAAUACUACCGCACGUUCUUGACGCAUCUGUACGGUCUUUUAACUCGCAACACAGCGUCAAAUCGCGAUGUCGAAUUCCAAGUCUACGGUCGUUCGCUCUCUGGUUUCGAGAUGAAGACCCACGAAAUCAAUACAAUGAAAUGGCACAAAAUUCCUCCUUACGGCCUCCAGGAUCAGAUUAGGCACGCGGAAGAUGAGCUCACUGAUCUGGUGGAAGACGUUUCAGAUGACGGUCAUCGGGAUGUAAGAGUUAUCGUCAUGGGCCAUUCUGUCGGAAGCUAUAUCGCUCUGGAGAUCAUUCGAAGGCUAAGGGCGCACGGCAUGGCAGGAGAGGACUACGCAACACGGAUCAUUGGUGCUGUAGCACUGUUCCCUACCGUUAUGGAGAUAGCGAGGAGCGAGAGCGGACAGAAGGCUGCACCCUUCCUGAAGAACUCGAAUUUCGCCUUCUUCGCCUCCGUUGUGGCGAACUUCUUGACUCUCUUGAUCCCGCUUUCACUACUGGCAACGCUCAUCAAAUCAUUCCUUGGCUUCCCAGAUGACGCCGCACACACCACAGCUUCCUUUAUCAAAUCGCCCCACGGCGUGCAGCAAGCGCUGCACAUGGCCCGCGACGAGAUGUUCCAAAUCGACACAGACUUCUGGGACGACGACGUCUGGGGCGCAGCACACCCAACAGAGUAUAAGCAUGAGCGCGCGCACCUGCGCUUCUUGUUCGCAAAGAAGGACCACUGGGUCGCAGACGAGACUAGAGACAAGCUGAUCCAGACCAGAGGGCGUCAGGCGGCAGCUGGUGUUCAGGAGGUUGAUGGCUUCGGCGAGAACUGGAAGCCGAUUAUGGAGAUUGACGAGAGGGAGGGGUUCCCACACGGUUUCUGUCUGCGCCAUAGUGUGCCUGUUGCUGAAAAGGCUGCGACGUGGGUUGCGGAUAUUGUGUCCAAAGACACUGGGGUGUUCGAGGCGAAGAAGGAAGAUGAACAGGGAUGGACAUGGUAG